AUGAACUAAAAUCUCGAAAAUGCCAUUGAUUUAGAGAAUGAUGAACUCAUUGUAGAAAAUUGUAUAAGUAUUUUUUAUACUUAGACAACAAUGAUGAUAAGGAUGACUAGUUAGUUUCAUAAAUAUAAGAAAUUUUAAUAUCAGAAGAUUUUGAAAAAUUAUCUUAAGAUUUCUUACGUGAAAAAUGUUUAGUUUUUGAAGAGACAGAAUCAAAGGAAUACAGAGAAAUAUUUAAAUUAUACUAAAGUGCUAUUUAGUUAUAUUUGAAUGAAGUAUGAUAAUGAAUGAGUGAAUUUAGAAACUGAAAGUUGAACUUACUCUUGAGAAAUUACAAUCUCUCCCUUUAGAUGAAACAAUGAAUGAAACUUUAGCAUCAUUAUUUGAUUAUGAUUUAUUUAAAGAUAUCAUGGUAGAAACAAGAAUAAGAGUUGAAGAAGAAGAAAGGACAAUAAAAAAAAGCACUAAUAAAGCUACAAAAGGUUAUAAAUAGACACCUUAAUAAACUAUCUUUAGUACAGGAUAAGCAAUAUAGUUUGAAAAGAAACCAUUAAAAAAUGUAUUAACUAAUAAUAUUUUCUAGUAAACUCCUUAAGACCUCAGACCAGAUUUAUUCUUCAAUAUUGUGCCUUUAAGCACUCCAAAAGUAAAUAAAAAAUAAGUUUGAA